AAGCGCGUGAACCAGAGCUCUGCCGCCUCCUGUUACCAACCACACCGGAUCGGACCAGCCGCCGCGGAUCGGAACCAGUGCCGGCAAACAGGAUCACCAAAGGUCCCGGUGCGCAAAGAUCAUGGCCUCCAAUUCCGGUUCCAUCUCCUCCAAUAAACGCUUCCUAAUCUUCUUUGAUUUCGACGAAACCAUCGUGGAUGAAACCAGCGACGACAUGGUGGUGCAGGCCGCCCCGGGUCAGCACCUGCCCGGCUGGCUGAAGGACACCUAUCAGCCCGGCCGCUACAAUGAGUACAUGCAGCGCGUCCUGGCCUACCUGGCGGAACAGGGCGUCACAGAGAGCGACUUACGCAGCAUCAUGGAGAAGAUCCCCGCCACCCCCGGCAUGUUGAACCUCUUCCAGUUCCUGCGCACCCGGCCGGCGCAUGAUUUCGAGGUGGUUUUGGUGUCCGACGCAAACACCUUCUUCAUUGAAUCCUGGCUCCGACGCGCCGGGGUGCGCCAGCUCUUCCAUCGGAUCUUCACCAACCCGGCCACUUUCAACAAGAACGGGCGACUGGUGCUGAGGCCGUUCCACUCCCACGAGUGCCAGCGGUGCCCGGACAACAUGUGCAAGCAGGUGGUUGUCAGGGACUACGUGGCGCGCAGGACGCAGGAGCGCGGCCGACCUUACCAGAGGAUCUUCUAUGUGGGGGAUGGAGCCAACGACUUCUGCCCUGCGCUCGCGCUGGGGCCCCGAGACGUAGCCUUCCCACGGAGGGACUUUCCCAUGCACCGGCUCAUCACGGAGACCCACGAAGCCAUGCCUGGAGAGUUCAAGGCGGUGACGGUGCCCUGGGUCAGCGCGGAGGAAGUUAUUACGCGGCUGAGAAAACUAGUGGCGGAGUAGAGGAAAUUGAUAAAUUAAACUUUUUAGCAGAGGAAUCCUAGAUAAAGUUCCAGAAAUUGAUAAAUUCAGUAAACAGACUUUUAAAGAGAUGCUCUCAGGUCAAAUAAUUGAGGCAAAACACCUGCGAAUAAAGUUGAAGGUUGAAGUUAAUUUGGCACAAGGUUCAGGGGGAGUUCUCAAAAACCUAAAGGGAGUAUAAAAAAAAAUAAAAUUAAAAAUCUUUACCUUCUUCUAGUAAAGAAAACAUCAGGGAGUUUGAAGGUAUUCCAGUAAUAAAGCAGCCAUGUUACUGUUUAUGUAUUAAUUAUCAUGGAAUAAAGUUAUUUAUGUUUGCAUUUGCAACAAUUAAAUGUUUUGAAAGAUAGUUUGUUGGUUUAUUCUCAAUUUCAUAAUUGUAUUAUUUUACUUACAGGUCAUUUUCAACGUGAAUUUUGUUUUAAAUUAUAGUGUCAGUCUGACAACACUGCCAACUGAAGGUGAAGGGCAUUAAAACUGACCAAACUAUGCUUUAAUUAUUAUGUUGUUGCUGUUUUAUAAUCACUCUGUCUAGAGUUUGUCUAAUUUAGAGAUGUUUGUAUUAUAAAAGAAAUGUUAUUUUUUAAUAUCUGUAUCUUGUCUGUCAUCUUUAUGUAUGUUUUCUGUGUUGGUCCAGCCUACUGACCAAAUACCACCAGCAGGAAUAAAGCCAUAACCUGAAACAGUG